UAUAUACAUCUUCAACUCUAUCUUAUAUAUAUCUCUCUUCCGGGAGAUCAUUUCCUUUUACGUUUUCCUAUUCUCUAUCUCCUUUAGUGUUUCUUUUAUUUCCUUGUCCAUCUAUAGUCUAUCUAUCUUCUGUAUCUUGGGUCCGGGUUUUCUUUGGGUUUUCUAUUUCUUAUUAGUCUACAUCUACGCACAUAACGACCAAGACUACCUGAGAACUCAACAAAGAAACUACUUCGGUUCAACUUUGGACAAUCGACAACAUCUACUCCGCAUACUUCUUCCGACUCACAUCUACCAAAAUGUAUGCUUCGACAUUACUGGUAUCAUUUCUCGGUGCUUCGACCGUCAUCGCUGCUCCAACAUGGCCAUCAUUCAACCGGGACGCCGCUAAGACAGACGGCCUCAAUACCGUUUCCGAGUACUUCAACAUGUUAGCCUCGAAAGUCGAAGUAGGGAAAUACAUGGCGGCGGCUCCGGUCUGUGAUCUUUCGAAGGCUCAGAUGGCAGCAGCUCCUACGCCACUGCCACCCCCAUCCGCGGGUCUGACUCUGAAGCACGUGGCUAUAGGCCGUGGGACGCAAAACUACACAUGCGAUACUACCAACGCCACGGCCGUCCCGACCGCCGUAGGAGCCGUUGCAACUCUUUUCAACGCUAGCUGUGUCGCCGCAACAUAUCCGGAUCUUCUUCAGCUCCUGCCAAAGCUUGCAUUGCAGUUCAACCUCACGACACAGGAGAACUCUCGCAUGGGGCCGACCAACCUCAUCAUCUCGGGCCACCACUUCUUUGAAGACGCCACCACCCCGUUCUUCAACCUCGACACAAACCAGUACAACCUAGGCGAAGCCCCAUGCACCAAGACCAAUUCCACAAACGCACCGGACGAUGCGCCUAAGGGUCAGCAAGGCGAGAAGGCCGUUGCAUGGCUGAAACUGAAGACCGAGAGCGGCUCCACGGGCAACUUGCAAGAGGUCUACCGGAUCAACACGGCGGGCGGUUCUCCCCCGGCGACCUGCCAAGGCCAGCCAGCCGCAUUCGAGGUGCAAUAUUCCGCGCAAUACUGGUUCUGGGAGGGUGAAUCUCGAUCAUGAGUAACACUACCAUCUCUAAACUUAGUAAAAUUGUAUAAACCGGAAAGUUAAAGGGGUACGGCAGUGCUUUGUAAUAGGGAAGCGGACAUGGGCGGUGUUUUCCGCCUGCGCGUAUCAGUCAUAAGACACGCGGCAGGCAUUUAUCAGCGGAGAACACAGCUCCGUCUUCCUCAGGGCGUUCGGGAUGGGCACGAUUCAGCGGGGAUAUCCAGUGUUACGAUUCAUACAAUUUCUUCUUUUUAACUAGUAAACUACCUAUUUCUAUCUUGUUAAUAUAUUUAUAAACUACUUUUUUCAUUGUA